AUGAAUGCAUUGUUAAAAAUAUUACUUUGCUAUUUGCUGAUACAUACUAAUUUUAAUAUAUUUAGUCCUCGAUUUAAAAAUAUUUACGUUUGUGGUGAUAAUGAAUGGCCAAAGCAGAAUGGUGAUUACUAUUGUUCACAGCCUGGAUAUAGAGUUGAACGAGUUGUUGUCAAUUUAGAUAAGGAUGACUUUGAGCAUGCGCAAGAAAGAGAAUUUCAUUACGCACCAUUUGGUAAUGGUGGAGGCAAAAAAUUUGAUUAUACAACUCGUUUGGAAAAUGGUAAUAUCAUGUAUUUUAAAAAUAUAGAAAUUGUUGCAAUACCAUUAAAAAAUGUCUAUGUAGAUUAUUGGCAGAGAGAACGUAGUAUUCAUCGUUCCCUUAGAUUUUAUCUUUGUCCUGUUGAUUUAGUAAAGUACAGAUAUUUUUAUUUUAGACAGUACAAACAGGGACAAAUAUUUAGAGAUUUUCAUGGAACAAACAGAUGCUCAUUUGGACAUUGUGAAAUAGGACUUAUAUUUUAUGCUUUUAAGUCAAAUAUAGAACAGCUUAAACGAGGAGCUCAUGUUAGUGGAGGUAUAUACGUUGGAUUUAAUGGUGGUAAUGAAUAUCCAUUGGUCUUUGUUCAACCAAAAUCACGUGGAAUGAAUAUGGCAUUGGUUGCUUGUCCAUAUAUUAAUUGGAUAAAUAAAAAUAGUCUUUCAAGGUUUGAACCUGCUGAAUACGUUAAGGAUUUCUUUCCAAUAGUUACUCAAAAUGAUUUCAAUAGACAUAGAAUGGUUCCAACAUUUCAUUACUUUAAAAGAAAACUACCUCGAAAUUAUUAUUGGGGAACAAAGGAUAUAACUGCUUUCAUUUGUGGAAAAAUUAAGCAAAGAGAACUUCCUGAUGUCGAAGUUGGAUUUCAUAUUAUGGAUGGUAGUGACCAAAUUAGUAGUGAUAUUACUGUUAAAAAUUCAAAAAUUUAUUGUAAAUCAAAAGAAGUAGAUUAUGAAUAUGUAUUUGGAGUAAUUCCGGCAGAAAAAACAAUUUCUAAAACAAUGUCAGAAGUAAGUUUUUUUAAUAAAGACAACAAACUUUAUUCUGGACAAUAUAUACUUGUAUACAGUAAAUGGCAUGUAACAAAUAGAAGAAAGUAUUUAGUAGACGAAUUUCGUAAAAAAUAUCCAUAUGGCGGCGAAUAUGAUUGGUAUGCUUGGGAUUCAGGCCAUGAAUUCUAUUUUCAUCCUAAAUGUAUUGGAAAAGUAUUAGAUAUUGAUACAGUUUUAAAACUAAAAGUUGGAGACAAUUUAGAACACGAACAUUUAAAGAAAGAUAAAAAAACUUCAUUUUAUGAAAUUAAUGACAUUACGAAUGACAUAAAACUUAGCUGUGGUGCAUUUAAAAGCAAUAUUGCCGAUGAUAUAUAUUCAGAAUUUUAUAGUAAAAGAUAUAAAACAUUUAUUCAAAGAAUUGAGGAUGAAAAUGGUAUAGCUUUAAAAGAACCAGAAUUUGAAACAAUUACAAUUCCUGCAGGAUAUGCAUAUUUUUAUGGAAAAUACAGAUGUACUGUUGAGAAAUCUUCUACUUCUGGUAAAAUUAAACCUUCUGAAUUUUUUAUUACAUCAAAAUAUGGAAAAAAUGUUCAAGAAGUAAUAGUUGCUUUAAAAACAGAUAAAAAUGUAGCAAAAUGUUCUAAUAAAAAUGAAAGAAAUGGAACUAUUGUUGAAAUGAUUGUAACCAUUUCUGCGGAUGAAAUUUACAAAUACAAUUAUAAAAAUCGUACUAAUAAAAAUUUUAAAACUACAGAUAAUUAUAUAACUUUUAAAAAUGAAGGCAAAGACGAAAUUGUUAACAAUACUAGAUUUAGAUGUAUUUACAUGAAAGAUGGAGAAAUUAGUUCUACAAGAGUUGGAGCUAUUUACGUUCAGAAAAAUAAAAUUACAGUAGAUAAAAAAACUGUUAGUCUUUUUGUACCAAUUUUAUGUGGUGUAGUUGGAUUUAUUAUGCUUGUUCUAAUAUUAGUUGCAUUUAUAAUUAUAACUAGAGUUAAAAAGAAAAAAAGAAGUGGUUUGUUAUCUAGAGCAUCCAGUGCUACCUCUGCUUCAUCAAUGUCUGGAAGUAAAUUUUCAAGUUCAUAUAGUAGAACAUCUAGUAGUCUUAGAAAAUCAAAAUCUCAAAGUAAAUCAAGAUCUGGAAGUAAAUCCAAAUUUACUUUUAAGUCUAAAAUUGGUUCUAAAUCUAAAAUUGGUUCUAAAUCUAAAAUUGGUUCUAAUUCUAAAAUUAGUUCUAAAUCUAAAAUUGGUUCUAAAUCCAAAUUAAAUUCUCAAACAAAAUUAGCUACCAAACCAUCAAAUAUUUCCAAAAUACCAUCUAAACAAUUAAGUAAAGCUUCAUAA